AUGGGCCCUCAGUCUCUUUGUGCAAAAAUUGAGAACCACCUGACUAAGCUCUUGAAUGUGGCGGCCCAAUCCAAAACACUUAAGAAAAAUUUGUUCAUGGACUGGGAUUGUAAGAUUCAGAUGGCUCUUUCAAAUCUAAUCAUCCCUCCAAUUUUCAGUCUGGGCUCUCUGGUGGAUCAGACCAAUCCAAGAGCGGGGGUGAUUUGGGACGCACUAGUAGUUGGGUGGAGAAAGGUAAACUUUGAUGGUUCUUCUGUAGGCUAUCCGAGCCAAAGUGGUAUUGGUUGCAUUCUGAGGGACUUUGAUGGUCUCUGUAUAAAAGAAAUCUCCAAAAAUAUUGGAGUGGCUACUAAUAAUGAAGCAUAA